AGGCAUAAAGCAGUAUACUAUUGGUUUAACAUUUUAACAAACUAAUCAAAGAAACAAAUCCAUUGAUUACAAUUUUUUCAGACAACAUACUUUAAGGAGUUUCCAAAACACUUGGAAAACUCUUAAUCCUGAUGUGCAUGGACCCUUUUUAAAGCCAGUCAUACAGACUUGGAUCUAAUAGGCUGAGCGUGGGUAGGGACUUAAAAAGAUAAGACAGAGCGGGCGCAGUGUAGUAAUUUGAUUUAUGGAGUUGAACCGUGUGUCACUGACUGAGAAAGCAACUAAAAGCGCUGCAUGAUGCAUCACCAGACAGACAGAUUGACCUGGAAAUCUUUGAUUUUCCGUCAUGCUGUUGUCUUCCUUCUCCUAACACACUCUCGUGAAGGUCUAAGUCAGGGGAAUGGUCAAUCUUCUGAGCUGAUAUCAGCGUUGCUCGGUGAGAGCAUCACGCUGCCGUGCCAUGUGAGUCCUGCCACGGAUGCAGUUAACACGAUGCUGGAGUGGGCGAGACCUGACCUGGACCCCAGAUUUGUCCAUGUGAGGCGUGAUGGUGAAGACCGGCUUAUUGAUCAACACUCAUCAUACAAGGGGAGAACAUCAGUGUCCAUCGAUGGACUGAGACGGGGAGACAUGUCACUGAAACUCUCCAAAGUCAAGUUUUCUGAUGAGGGAACCUACAGAUGCUUCGUUCCAGGAUUUGGAACAGAUACUAGUAUUAAGCUUGUUGUUGAUGUUUUCAUUAAGAUAACCAACGUCAGUCGUGGAGUUCUGCAGUGUGAGUCUACAGGCUGGUAUCCAGAACCUGAGGUGUUCUGGCUGGACGGUGAGGGAAACCUCCUCUCUGCUGGACCUACAGAGACAGUCAGAGGUCCUGAUGACCUCUAUACUGUCAGCAGCAGAGUGACUGUGGAGAAGAGACACAGCAACAGCUUCACCUGUAGAGUCCAACAGCACCACAUCAACCAGAUCAGAGAGGCACACAUACAUGUUCCAGAGGAUUUCUUUAAAGAGCCGUCAGGUUCUGGUUCAUCUGUUGCUGCCAUCAUCUUUGCACUCGCUGGCGUCACUUUGGUUCUUUCUGCUUGCUUUGUUGUCUGGAAACGAAGACAGAGGAGAAACAGCUUCAAGCCAAAUCAUUCGGAUGAAGAAACAACAGGAGGGGGUGAUGCAUCAGAACAGGAGCACCUGAUACAAGCAGCAGAAGGUGAAACACUGAGGAAUCAGAGCGAGAUGGAGGUUGUGAAUAACAGCAAAUAUGAACAAACAGGAUGGUCAGGUCAAAUUGAAGAGGAAAAACCACCAGAGAAGUUUAGCAUGGAGGUAGAAGAAAAUGUAGAAACAGGGUCACAAUGUGUGGUGGAGAAUGAAAGGCAGCAAGAUGAGGUCCAGACAACAGAAGAUUUGGACAACAUGAAGAAAACGACUGAAUCAGCAAGUGAAGGUAGUUCAGAUCAAGAAGAGACGGAAACAGAGAAACCAGAAAAGAGUGAGGACAUGGGAGACAGAGAGGAGGGGACAAAGUCUGAAACAGAAGAUCAGGCUCUGAUGGAAAGAGGACGACUACAACCGGUCGGGGCGAGUGCAGAAGCAAUGACUGAUCCUUACAAGGCAGAAAAUAAAGAGCAAACACAAACUGAAUCAGCAGGUCAGAGUCCAGCUGAUGGAGGAACACAAGGUGAUCAAACCCCAGCAGGAGAAGAGACAAAUCUUGGUUUGCAGGAAAAGUCAGAAGAGACUAAAUCAGUAAGUGAAGGUAGUCAAGAUCAAGAAGAGACAAAUGGAAGAAUACAAGAUGAUCAUCCCCCAGCAGGAGAAGAGACAAAUCUUGAAAUGCAGGAAAAGACAGAACACAGUAAAGCUGAAGAUGGAGGUGGAGGGGAUAAGACAACAUCUACUGAAGAAAACUCAACACCACAGUCUCCAGUGGACGGACAAACAGGUCAUUUCAAAGACACAGACGGACACAAUACUUUGGACGAAAGUGAUAAAAACAAGGAAGCAGAAAAAUCUACAGAUAAUGUAACAACAAGUCAGGGACAGACGGCUGGACAAACACAACAUGAAGACAGUGCAGACGAAGGGAGACAAUCUAACGAAGACACUGACUCUGACAGUGAUAACACAAAAUCCCCAUCUUCAGUAAAUCCAGAAACAAACACAGGGCGGCAAACUAGUGACGAGUCAGAGAAGAGUUCUGAGAGCAGAGAUGGAGACAAGAAUAAGACAUCAGGAGAUGAUGUAACAACACCAGACCAGACCUCAGCGAAGGAUGGAGAGAGUGGUGAGGAGAAAGAAGACGAUGAUCACAGUCAGAGAGUGAAUGAUGCAAAGAAUGAAGGAGAUGACACUGAUGCUUUAAGUAACAGCUCAGGUUCUCAGGAUGGGUUAGAUGGAGGACAAGACCAGGUGGAUGAAGACAAAGAGUCAGGUGAUGGAACAUCAGAUUAAUGUUACGAGCGAUUUACAGCAGAAAAGGAGAAACACAUCACUGAUAGACCAGGACAGAGAGAUGAGAACCUGCAGAACAAAGAAACAGGACAGAAAGAAAGAACUUUGCUUAACGUGCUGCUGUAGGAGAGGACAAGCAGCGUAAAAAUAAAAAACACUUCAUAAUAUAACUUACAUAAUAUUCUGGCAGCCUGGGCACCAAAAAUAGUGUAAAGGAACAGAAAGUAUCUCACAAAAACACAGGACAUGUAUCACAGUCUGGUAGUUCUUAAGUAUGGUGUGAAAUACAUUGCUAGAAAGUUAAAAUUCAUUCCUUCCACUUUUUUGUUGUGAAAUUUUCCAUUAUAUUUGUCAGUUAGCAAACAAUUACAAACCUUCAAAACCAAUUCUUCUUCUCCUGUUGUCAUUCACAUUAUCUAACUGUAUACUUACAGAUUGUUCAUGUUAUCUUACAUUAACUAUGUAAAUUCACAGACAACAUUUGUAAUCGUAUUGAUAUUUCAUUGUAUUUCAAAAACCUGUAAAAUCAAGUUUGGAUAAAUACAAUAAUGGAUUUAAUUAUAUUGUUAUUCUUAUCAUUGAUACAAAAUGUCUUUUAUUUGUUGCUGUUUUCACUGAAUUUGUAAUUUUAUAGACUCAAUAAUAGAAAACAUGUCAUGAAAUUAAUCUUUUCUGUCUGGUAUGAAUUAUUUUCCAGCUGCAACAAACUCAAAAGAAAACCAGGAGCUGGAACUUUAAUUACCAUUGAAACAUUAUUGUUAUUUUUUUCAUACUUUUAAUGUUGAGAUGUUACACUGUGAACACUCAAAAGGCUCUGUCAAAAAGAAAUGUUGUCUGUUUCUGUGUUGUGGGUUUUUUUUUUUAGCUUUUAGCAUCAUAUUACAAUUCCUGAAUUCUUUUUUUAUUACCAUCUUUUAAUGUUUUAUAAGUGUGAUAAUUUCUCUACAUUAAUCAUCCAGUGAUCACCUGCACUGUUUGACAUUCAUGAAAUAAACCUAAAGAUCUCUGUCUGUCUUCA